UUAGCAAAGCAGGCGUGAAUUCUUAGAACAGCAGUCGAUGGAGGAGAUGUUUAUGCGGCGCUAGGACCCAGGGGACGUGUUCUCAUUCUCACAAGGCACAGUGCAAUUUGCAUGCGUUGGUUCUGCAAGGCAAACACGGGUGUAUGAGUGAAACGUAAACCACCGGAAGAUCGAGGAACAGACUCGCAGACACGCUUAUUGGUGUAGGAUCACUAACGUGAUGGGAAUCUUCCAGUCUUUGCCGGAUGAUCAUCAAUAUCAAACCCUGUCACAGAAGACAGGCUUUUCACUGGAGCAGAUCGCAAUUCUCCACAAUCGUUUUAAGCAGCUCAGCCAAAACGAGGAGACAUUACGGAGAGAUGACCUUAAAACAAUCCAAGACCUGGAAAGCAAUCCAAUUCGGUCACAGAUUAUAGAAGCUUUCUUCGAUAGAAGGAACUUCCAGAAGGAUGGUGUGGGAUCUGUGGAAGAAAUUGGUUUUGAGGAAUUCCUUACUAUCAUGUCGUACUUCAGAGCACCAGCCCAUCAUAUCACAGAUGAACAGAGAGAAGAAAUGAGAAGGGCCAAACUGCGCUUCCUCUUCAACAUGCAUGACACCGACAAUGACGGAACCAUAACACUGGAGGAAUACAGACAUGUAGUAGAGGAGUUGUUGUCCCGUAGUGGAGCUCUUGGAAGAGAGACAGCUAAGGGCAUUGCAGAUGCUGCAAUGCUGGAGGUUGCCAGUAUCUCCGUAGGUCCCAUGAAACCUGACGAGUUCUACGAAGGAAUAACAUUUGAGCAUUUUUUGAAGAUUCUUAAAGGAAUUGAAAUCGAGACGAGAAUGCACAUUCGCUUCUUAAACAUGGACACGUCUGUUUUGUGCAAGUAACAUUUUGUCUAAAUUCUGCCUGUUAAAAUGUAGAUGUGAAAUAAGCACUUUAUUGGAUGAGGCUGAAUGGUUUGGAUAGAUCUCUAGUUCUAUGAACUGUUUGGAGGGUGCUCAGAAUGUGUUUUACAAAAGUUGGAAAGCAAUAAAAAAAGUGUGCGUUGAUAUCUGAAACUCCUUGCUUUGCAUGCACUUAUUAUGUAAUUAUGGCAUGAUAGAAUUAAAACUAUGCAGGCAUUUAUUUAUUUAUUAAUUUUAUGGAAUUUUUGUAAUUAUAUCCUCUUUAUUCUAAAAUAACCUAUAUACCAUACUAUUCUAAAAAAAGUUGAAUGCUUAUAACCAAAUGCAAUAAUUAUAAUAUAUUUUCACUGAAAUAUAUUAAUACUGAAUAGACCAAUCAUAUUAUUAACACUGUGAUAUAGCAAUAUUUUGUGUGCUUUUUUAUGUGCAAUCCUAAUAAAUUAGAACUGAACUUGAAUCCAUAGUCUCAAAAAAAGAACUGCAGUUACUCCUAUCAACCAGCAGAUAUUGCUAAUGUCUUAGCUUUGUUUAUGUCAGUCGAUCUAGAAAUACUCAGGUACUUGUACAACCAACAAGCAUGUUUCAGCAUGUUCUUGCAAGGGCAACUAGAAGUGUAUCAACAAACAUUACAUUACAAAUAAUACAAAAUAUUCUAAAACAUUUAAUGACACUAUGACAAUGAUAAUCUGUAACUGCUAGUGGACACCAAAGACGUAUCAUUCUCAGCAGCCACGUAUAGUCAACAGACUUUGAGACAUAGAGCUGAAGUUGUGCAUGGAUUGUACAGAUGUAGGUUAAAAUGGUAGAAAAACAUUUUGAUUGCAAAAAUGAAACUGGCAUUUACUCUGUGAAGUGCAAAAA